GGGCAUUUGGAGCGCUCGGCUGUGCGUGCGCUCAGGCUCGGAAGGCGGCGGCAUCUUCAAAGGAAGUUUGGGAUCUAUGCUCCCGUAUAUUAUGAAGGCCAAGGAAGACAAGCUCGGCAUUGUACUAUUUGACGACAUCUUCAAGGACUCGAUGCGGUCGGGAGAAAUUGAUAUGAGAAGCGCAGUGCAGCGGUUUAUGACGGGCUGGCGGAACCACGUCUUGACGUCACGGGCCACUCACGUGUUCAUUGUUGCGUACCGGGAUGGUGGCAAUUUGUUGGUGGAGGCGCUUAGAGCGCACAUGAAGGAGAUGCAGCGUCACAUCAGUGGAGUUGCUUUCGUGCAGUCUACGCACCACAUAUCAUCGGACGAUUCGUACACGCUGCGGAAAAUGAUUGCUCAGUGGUGUAUCGCCUACAUGUCAUCACCCGAAGGCGUGCAGGCGUUGAAGCGUAUGAAGUCAAAGGAGACGCCGCUGGGAUGUGUGGUGCUUUCGGGCGGCCGCGCGAACUCGGACGUUGACUUGCUGCAAGUGGUUGUUUCCUCGGUGUACGCAAGCUUCAAGGCAAGGUGGUCAGGUUUCCGCGUGAAGAACGUAAAUAGCGGCAUGGAGAAGGCUUGCUACGUGUGCAAGGGCGCCUUCAACAUGCGUCGUUGGCGCCGGCAUUGCCGCACGUGCCAGAACCCAUGCUGCGAGAAAUGCUCGUCAGUUGAGAACACACGCCAUGAGGGCCAGGUGCGGCUGUGUCUGACAUGCCGGGCACUGCCUUCGCUUAUUCACUGGUCGCGGCCGCGUGCAGUUCGCACGGGCGAGAAGGAGAGCGUCUUCAGUGGUUCCGCUAAGCCUGGCAAGAUGUCGGUGAACGACUUCGAGCUCGUCACCGUCAUUGGUCGUGGUGCAUGUGGCAAGGUGCUUUUGGUGCUGAAGAAGGACGGCGCAGAUGCUGGUCACCUGUACGCGAUGAAGGUGCUGAAGAAGGAGUGGGUGAUGAACAAGGAUUUGGUCACGCAGACAAUGGCAGAGCGCCGCAUCUUGCAGGAGGCCAACCACCCGUACAUUGUCCAGCUCAAGUAUGCAUUCCAGAACCAAGACAAGCUGUACAUGGUUAUGGAGUACUACAGCGGCGGUUCACUGCGUCAGGUGCUGCGGCGCCGUGGCCGUUUCAGCAUCAAGCGUGCACGGUUCUACCUGGCCGAGAUUCUUCUCGCCAUCGCGCACCUGCACGCCUCGAACAUUCUGUACCGCGAUUUGAAACUAGAAAACAUCGUCAUCACUGCGGACGGCAACGUGGCGUGCACGGACUUCGGUCUGUCUAAGGAGGAGAUGGAUGACAACGAGCGGACGAGCUCGUUUGUGGGCACAUGCGAGUACCUGGCGCCUGAGCUUAUUAUGAAGGAGGGCUACGGCAAGGCCGUGGACUGGUGGGCACUGGGUAUCUUGGCGUACGAGAUGAUUCAGGGCGACUCGCCGUUCCGUCACAACGUACCCACCAUUCUCUUCGACAAGAUUUUGAAGGAAGAGCCCGAAUUCAGCGACCGCUUCACCCCGGAAGCGCAGGAUCUGAUCAUGAGCCUGCUCACAAAGGACCCGGAGCAGCGUCUCGGCUGCGGCCCCGAAGGUGUCGAGGAGAUCAAGCAACACCCGUUCUUUGCCGAGAUCGACUGGGACAAGCUGCUGAACAAGGAGAUGGAAGUGCCGCGUCCUCCGCAUCGCAUGGAAGACGUGACCGACGAGAGCCACCUGUCCCGGGCCAUCGCCAAGAUGCGCGAGGCGCGUGAGGAGAUCAUGCCGGACUCGCCCGUGUCGCUGCCAUCGUCUCCGUCCGAGCAGAAGCACUUCGACCGCUUCUCGUACCAGGGGCUGGGCGACUGGAAGCCGGAGAUGGCUGACAUGGAGUUCGACGAAGAGACGGGCGACUUCAAGCAGGACACGAUCCACGAGGACGAGGAGUUCGUGGAGGAGGCGUACGCGGAGGAGUCGGGCGACGGCGAGGGCGUGCCGCUGUCUCCCGGGUCGAAGAAGAGCUCGAUGACGUCUUCGAAGGCGUCUCCGUCCAAGGCCAACGGCUCGGACACCCCGCCGGCCUCGAGCUCGGCGGCGUCGGCGUCGCCGAGGAGUCCACAGAGCGUGGGCAGCCCCGGCAGCCCUCCCCCCGCGCCCAUGACGCCCGGCAGCCCCGUGGAGAGCUCGGUGCCCACCACACCCGUGGAGCCCGAGUCGCAGAUCAUCUAGGGGGGCCGUCAAUUGCAAGUGGUAGGCCAGUAGCUCAGAGACAGAGAGAGAUACAUACAGACACGUGUGAGAUGUAAAUGCAUGAGGAGGAUGGAGAAUUGCGCUUCACUCGCCGACGGAAGGGAAGGGAUCAAGUGAACGAGAGCGAGACCGCCGCUUCCCUUGCCCCCCAAGCAGCAUUGUUUAACGCGUAUAAGUUCAGAGGGCUAGGGCAACCACGCGCUAUCGCCCAAUCACAGCACCGGAAAGUGUUUGUGUGACGUACAUCACCUCCAGAAAAGGGGCGCUGACGCUCUAAACAAGAUUGGAUGCCGAGCGUGCGGCUCAGGUGAGCCCCCCCCCCCCUGCUUCCUUCCUGGACUGGAGCCUGGACUCUGAGCC